UUGGCAGUGUGAGGUUGUGCGGUGCGGUGUGGCUAACUCUCUCCAGUGCAAUGAUCGUUCCCUUUCCUGUCAUCUGUGACAUUUGACAAGAAUUUCCUCUGCAAGUGUCUGAGCCGUAUAGUCUUAAGUCUCGCCAUAGUUUGACGCUUCAAGAGGCAAUCGAAGAAAAUCUUUCGGUGGCUGUUUGCUGGUACAGCGAGAAGAUCGCCUUCAGUGACCAGAAGCAACAAUUUCGUGCUCAGGAUGAGUGAGUGGGAGCGCAUCAAGCGGCAGUGUCAGGGGAAGCGCGAGCUCUACGAAGAUCCUGACUUCGCUGCCGUCCAAACCUCGGUCUUCUACCAUCAAGCCCCACCAUUCACAUUCACUUGGCUUCGGCCUCAGGACCUGGUUCAGAACCCAACGUUCAUCAGGGAUGAACACACGCAGUUCGACCUCACUCCUGGGAAGCUGGGAGACCGGUGGCUGGUCUCGUGCCUGGGCUGUCUGCAGCUGGCCAAGGGUCUAUUCUACCGUGUGGUGCCUGCAGACCAAGCCUUCAGUAACAAGAGCGGCUACUGCGGAGCCUUCAGGUUCCGCGUGUGGUGGUGUGGAGAGUGGCGGGAGGUGGUAGUAGACGACCGCCUACCCACCGUCAACAACAAACUCAUGUUCCUACACUCGCAGUCCUCGACACAGUUCUGGCCCGCUCUGCUAGAGAAGGCUUAUGCCAAAUUGCACGGCUCCUACGAAGCUCUGAAGUACGGCAGUACUCUGGAUGGUCUAUCAGACCUGACAGGCGGGAUUUCAGAGACCGUAUCUCUUCGUUCAGACCCCACAUCUUGCAGCCGACUUCUGACGAAGCUGCUACACGUCACGUCUAUCGUCACGGUCGUAGUCUUGGCCCCACAGCACAAGAACUUGUCCUCAACAUCGUCAGGUUCAUCAUCGUCAUCUACUUCAUCAGGACGAGGUAGUGGAGGAGGCAGUCACAUGGACAAGCUCGCGACAGGGAUCGUGAUCGGUAUCAACUACAGGAUAUAUGCUGUUGAAAAGAUCGAGCUGUACGGAGGCGCGGAGGUGACGUUGGUGAAGCUGAGGUCCCCGCUGGGGUCUUGCGUGGACUACCUGGGGGCCUGGGGGACAAGGGACGCCCCCGAGUGGGAUGAGGUGUCCCCCCAGGAGAGGGACAGGCUGGGGCUCAAGCACAUGGUAGACGGCGAAUUUUGGAUGUCGUACAGCGACAUGGUGCGCACGUUCACACAGCUCGAGGUGGUUCACCUGGACAGCGAAACUGCGCGCGAUGAACCAUCUUUGCGGUGCCACCUGCCGUGGACCGCCCGCGUGUACCAGGGCAGCUGGCUGAGGGGUGUGUCGGCAGGCGGGUGCCGCAACAACACAGACACAUUCCACAUCAACCCUCAGCUGCACCUGCUGCUCAGCGCCAUGGAAGAGGUGGUGGUCUCUCUGAACCAGCAUGCCGUGAUCGAACCUAAGGUUAUCGGGUUCACAGGGUACCCGGUGCCUAAGGGCGGAGUUGAUUGCAUCAACAGAAGUUUUUUUAAGAAGAACAAGUCGCUCGUCAACUCCCAGUACAGCAACAGCCGACAGGUAAGCGAGCGCGUGCAGCUGGAGCAAGGCAGCUACGUGCUGCUGCCCACCACCUUCGAGGCCGGCGAGGAGGCCGCCUUCACAUUACGCGUCUACUCUUCUAAACCUAUUAAACUCAAGUUAGUAGACACGACCCCGAGCCUGGUGAAGCCUGCGGUGACACAGUCCCGCAGUGCGCUGGAGAGCAAGAGUAUCCUACAGUACCAGGCAGUGUUCCUGCAGGUCGCUGAUGAACACAGAACAGUGAACGCCUUCCAGCUCCAUGAACUGCUGGAGGCCUGCUUACCUAAUGAUUACAUCAAGAGCUGCGCUAGUCUGGACAUCUGCCGACAGAUCAUCUUAACCAUGGACACCACAGGCACAGGCCGCCUUAGCUUCAGUAACUUCAAGGAGCUUCUUGUGAGCCUUAAGGCCUGGCAAGCCGUCUUUAGGAGUCAUACCAAGGAGCGCUCUGGUAUCCUUAAGGCGGAACGCCUUAGAGACGCCCUCAUCGAUGCAGGAUUCGCGCUGAGCACAUCCGUGGUAAGCAUCCUGAUCCUGCGCUACAUGCGUAAGGACGGCACGCUCAGGUUUGGGGACUUCGUAAGCGCCGUGCUACAUCUGUCCGUCGCAUUCAAUUUGUUCGACAAGAAAGAUCCACUGGAGAACGGAACGGUGAAACUCACCCUUAAUGACUGGCUGCACUCAGCUCUGACCUGCUGACAUCGAUCGGAUCCUGUUUCGUAAAUACGAUCCGGCGUCUCAUUGCUGUCAAUAAACACGCAGCUUGGAAAAGAAUUUGUUUCACAAGCCGUGAAUACGCAGACAUUUGCUCGGCAGGCAGCGUUUCUGUAAGAUAACGCAAGGUGUUCAGUUACGCAUUUCAAGCAGUGACAUUUUUCGUCGAUUAGAUAGCGAAUAAAAGCGAAUAACAUAUAUAAUAUGAUGAAAUGUAUAAUAUGUAUUGGGAUUUAACAGGAUUUAUGUUAUCGAAUUUUUAAUUGGCAGAAUUGAUGGGCUCAGGUUAGUUAAAGGAUUAACGUGGAAAAAGGAGUGCCAUAACUACAAUAGCACAUCGAUAUCAAACAAUUUUCUAGUGGUUUUAGACCUGUGCAUAAUCUUCGAAAUUGUCUCACAACUUUCAAUAUUUUGCUCUUGUGCUUUCCGAACAUAUCACAAUUGCAAUUGCAGCGAGAUAGAACAAAGUGACUAAACCACCAUGCCGGGAAAUAGUGUGCAUAGUGAUGGUGAAAAUAAAAAUUAUAAUAUCAACUGUUCACUAUUCCAUGGAUAUCUAAACACAUCUUGUUAACAUUUAGCUAAUGGUAUUAUCAAGCGUAGUUAUAAUAUUGUGUAACAAUUGAAUUGAGGUCGAAAGUUCGCCCACGCAAUGUUUUUCCAACACGUAGCAUAGUAAUCGAUGUACAUGUGUAAUUAUCUUGUUAUAGUUAAUAUAUGAUAAUAAAUGUUGUACUUUCCGUUUCUAUUGUAACUAAUUACUGAAAAAUAUAACAGAGCUAUUGCUAUUGUAUGCAAACUAUUUGAUAACAUGUUACACGCUUGGUGAAUAUAUUAAUUCUUUAUAUUAUGUUUUGUAUUAUCAUAUUUC